UGUUAAGUGCAUUUACUCAAAAAUGUUUAAAAAAAACAUCUUUGCACAUAUAGAUCCUUAACAGAUAUAUUCUGUUUUUCCUGCAGAAGCACAUCAAACCAAAUUGAUGGCAGGAUGGAAUACACCUUCCAGGAUGGAGAUGCCAUACAACCAAUCAGCUUCCUAAAUGAGCUACAUCUGCCAACCACUACAACAGUGCAUCCAGAAACAACAACAGGUUUCUCUGUGACCCCUUCAAAUCUCAUACCUGGUUCAGCAGUGGUCACAAGCAAGCUGGUGUUCAGCUCCUCAUCUCCAGUCCCCAGUGAAGCUCUGGUCCUCAGCGCUAUCAACACUCUCCGUAAUUCCAGAGAGUCACAGCUCAGUGAAUCAGUGCAGGUGCUGAAUGUCACCUAUGAGAAAAUCACGGCAACCUCCUAUGCUGUCAUCUUUAAGUUUAAUUUGAGUAAUCUCAGCAUGUCAAAAGAUCCUGAGCUAAGAAAUGGCACAUACCUACAAGCUCAGGGAGUCGCCAAUAAUGCGCUGAACACUCUUCUGAAUGAUCCUGGCAGAACAACUUUAAAUCCCAAGUCGACAAACUUCAUAAGCACAUCAAACCAAAUUGAUGGCAGGAUGGAAUACACCUUCCAGGAUGGAGAUGCCAUACAACCAAUCAGCUUCCUAAAUGAGCUACAUCUGCCAACCACUACAACAGUGCAUCCAGAAACAACAACAGGUUUCUCUGUGACCCCUUCAAAUCUCAUACCUGGUUCAGCAGUGGUCACAAGCAAGCUGGUGUUCAGCUCCUCAUCUCCAGUCCCCAGUGAAGCUCUGGUCCUCAGCGCUAUCAACACUCUCCGUAAUUCCAGAGAGUCACAGCUCAGUGAAUCAGUGCAGGUGCUGAAUGUCACCUAUGAGAAAAUCACGGCAACCUCCUAUGCUGUCAUCUUUAAGUUUAAUUUGAGUAAUCUCAGCAUGUCAAAAGAUCCUGAGCUAAGAAAUGGCACAUACCUACAAGCUCAGGGAGUCGCCAAUAAUGCGCUGAACACUCUUCUGAAUGAUCCUGGCAGAACAACUUUAAAUCCCAAGUCGACAAACUUCAUAAGCACAUCAAACCAAAUUGAUGGCAGGAUGGAAUACACCUUCCAGGAUGGAGAUGCCAUACAACCAGUCAGCUUCCUAAAUGAGCUUCGUUUGCCGACAGUCGUAACAACAGCCAGUACUCUGACAACUACUCCACAGAUAGUGCUUGGCAGAGCACUUAUAUUCAUUCGCCUCGUGUUUGUCACACUGGGCCCCCUGCCCAAUCCAGAUAAAAUUCUUGAGGUGGCCAACACUCUGAUGAAAACACGUCUCACAACUAAACAAGACACCACAACACAAGACCUGAGUGAUCCUGUGAGCUUUGUCAAUGUCACAUAUACGAAAAUAAACGAGACAGCCUAUGCUCUCAACUUUGGAUUUGAAAUCAGCAAUAUAACCAUGACUGAGAAACUUGAACUCAGGAAUGGUACCCACCUGUUAAUACAAGACUCUAUUAACACAUUGCUGGGCAAGAUCCUCCUCAGUAACUCCUCAGCUCCUGUCAUUAAGUUCCAAGCAGCAGAUUUCACGGGUAAUUCCACUGUGAUUCAGGCCAAAGUAGAGUAUGUUUUCUCACCAAGUGACAUCAAGCAACCCAGCAUCUUUGUUCAGGAACUUCUCCAACUCGCCGAAGCGGAUACUCUGACAACAACUUCACCACCGAUCUUGAGUAGGAGGGCAAUUAUUAGGAUUCGUCUCGAGUUUAUCACACUGGGCCCAAGACCAAGCGAGAAUAGUGUUCUGGAGUUGGUUAAAUCUAUACUGGCUGCAAAUGUCACAACUAAACUAACUGCCAGAACAGUAAGCGUUAGUGAACCUGUGACCUUGGCGAAUGUCGUCUAUUUGGCAAUUAAUGACACUGCCUACGCACUCAUCUUUGCAUAUGAAAUCAGCAAAGUAUCACUGACAGAGUUAAAAUGGAAUGAAACCUAUCAAGUAAUCCAAAAGAAGAUAAAUGACUUGGUGAUCCAGAUCCUAAAGGACCCCUCAGUUAAUCUGCUCAUUCCAGCCAAUUUCAAGGAUAAUCUCACCGUGAUUGAGGCCAAUGUUACGCAUGUUUUCUCACAAUAUGGCAGCAACACGGGUGCCGGUUUCUUGGUCAGUGCCCUUUUCACGGCUUUUACCACACCAGUUCCAACCACCAUGAACACUACAAUCUUAAACAACAGUACAAACGUAGCAUGGAUUGUGGCUAUCAUUGUCCCCUGCGCUAUUGUCAUCGGGCUCGUACCUUGCUGGAUUCUCCUUUGCUGUUUGCUGUGUGGUUGCUGUGCAGCAAUCAGAAGACGUUGGCACAGAAGACGAUCAUACAAUGUACAGUACACAACUCGAAACAGCCUCUUCUAGAGAGUUCAGAGAUAUUUGACAAAAACAGGACUGACCACCAAUGAUAACAUAAAAAUCAUGGUUUUUGGAUAUUCAAAAUGCAAUUCAAUGCUGCCUCUUUUAAGGUAACGAAAGUACUAUGUCAAUGCUUAUAUUAUAAAUUAUUUAUUGUAUUAUGCCUGUAUUGCUAGACAAACAAGUGCUCUAUAAAAUGUUCCUAAAUGUGAUGUUUGAAUUCUUCCUAUAGUGUAUAAUGAAAUUGUAUUGUUCUUAUUUAUUUGUAUUUAUUGUAAUAUUCUGUUCAUCGUUUACAAUUAAUUAGCUUUUGCAAAUCAUUAGUCUGCUUGACAUAACGCAGUUUCAUUUAAAGGGACUAAGCUGGAACUUUGGAAUUACAGCUAUUAUUUCUUCAUACUCCAUGCACUUUAUAAUGUAAAGCAAAGGUAAAGCAAGCUCAUGCUGUAAAGGAAAUGUAAAGCAAAUGUAUGCAAGUAUUUGGCAUGGACAUGUUUAACUGCAAAAAACUGUAAUAAAAAUACUAGAUUAAUAAAGAAUACAGAACAAU